AUGACCAUGAUGGUCUCCGCACGCGCGGGCGCAGCUCUCCCGCCGGUCCGCGUGCGCUGCACGGAGCGCGAGAUGGUGGUGUCGGUGCGCGCGCAGGCGCUCGGGUCCGGAGCCGGCGUGCGCGCGGAGGAAGUGCGGCUCGGGAGCGGAAAACCGGAGCGCUGCGGCUUAGCGGUGCAGCGCGAGACCGAGCUGGAGCUGCGCGCGGAGCUGCACGAGUGCGGAUCAACACUGAGGGUGGAAGGUGACAGUGUGGUGUAUGAGAACGUUCUGUUCUACUCUCCGGCGCUGAACCCGUUCGGGAUCGUCAGAUCCGCCGCAGCCACAAUCCCCGUCCAGUGCCGCUACCAGAGGACCCACUUCGUCAGCACUAACCAGGAGCUGAAGCCCGCGGGUCAGCCAGGCUCCGCCCCCCUGCUGUUCUCUCUCCAGCUGAUGUCCGAUGACUGGGUAUCUGAGAGGUUCUCCUCCGUGUUCCAGCUGGAUGAUGUUCUAAACCUGAGGGCAUCGAUGCUCAACGCUGAACGCUCUCCCUUAAAACUGUAUGUGGACAGCUGUGUGUUCACUCAGGAGCCGGACACGGAACACGUACCCACAUACCCCCUCAUUCACAACCACGGGUGUUCUGUUGACCACAGAUCAGGUGGCCCCACUGUUUGCUUCUUGCCCAGGAUGGAGGACCACGCACUGCAGCUGCAGGUGGAUGCCCACCAACUCUACCGAUACAGCCAGAGCUCGAUCUACAUCACGUGUCUCCUGAAGGCGGCUGAAGAACAGAGUUCAGUGAAUAAAGCCUGCAGCUACACAGGAGACAGGUGGCUCAGUGUUGAUGGUAACCAUGCGGAGUGUGAGUGCUGUGACUCUAAGUGUGAAGAUCAGAGGCCCAGCCGAGUGUUUAAAGGCGGCGCUGCUGCAGAGAGCUCUGCUGUGGUCACUGUUGGUCCAGUAAUUAUUCUACAGUAAACUGUCCCACUAAUCCAUUAAAGUGCCUUUUUGG